CAUUUUAUUUUUUUGUAGGGGAUACACGAUAAGAAAAAAGAAAAAAGAAGAAGAUAGAGAGAAAGCUUCAACGAGUUCUCUUGCAUUUGCACACAGAAUCCUUGGGGCAACAUGUCGGAUCCUGUUAGAGAUUCCUUUUCUGAAUCUUUGGUGGAGAAGAUUGCUGAUACGAUUCACAAGCAUGCUGACUCUUCAUCGGACUCCGAGAGUGAAAAGUACUUGCCACCACGGAAAAAGCGUUUAUUUGGCAGGAAAAGGCCUGUUCAUGCUGUCUUUGGUGGUGGAAAAUACGCUGAUAUCAUACUGUGGAGAAACAAGCAGGUUUCAGGCUGCAUAGUUGCUGGGGUGACUGUCAUAUGGCUUCUGUUCGAAUGGCUAGACUACCACUUUCUUACUUUUGUUUGCCAUUCUCUUAUUCUUUCAUUGGCCAUUUUGUUCGUCUGGUCCAAUUUUGCUUGCCUUGUGAAUAAGUCCCCGCCAAAUUUCCCUGAGGUAAUAUUACCAGAAGACAUAUUUGUGAGCAUUGCUCUCACCUUAAGGUAUGAAUUUAAUCGGGCCUUUUCAGCCUUCAGGGAGGUAGCUUCUGGGAAUGACAUGAAGAAAUUUCUCAUGGUAGUUGCAGUGUUAUGGAUCAUCUCUGUUGUUGGCAAUUGGUUCAGUUUCUUGACACUCUUCUACAUAGUGUUUGUGAUUGUAUAUACAGUACCAGCAUUGUAUGAGAAGCAUGAGGAUGAGGUGGACAGUUUUGCUGAGAAAGCAAUGGUUGAAGUGAACAAGCACUAUGCAGUGCUGGAUGAAAAGGUACUUAAAAAACUUCCCAAAGGCGCUUUAAACAUGGACAAGAAACAUCGCUGAUGAGAAAUCAAGAAAAGGCAGCAAAUGCCAAGGAGAUGACACAAUAUUGAGUAAUUUUCUGCCGUCAAUGCUUUGGUUCCUUUGUCUUGUGCUGCUGUCUUUGCUCUUCUUCAUUUUGUGGGGCAAUUAGGAGAUACUAUAAUUUUCCCUUUCUGUUGUCCAUAGUCUUUACCUCAAUUUGGAAACAAUUGUUUUUCGUUUUUUUUUUUUGUUUUUACCCCAACCUGCUUUAAAAAUUCAGAAUGGGGAAAGGGUCAUUGGAAUGUGCUAGGGAGUUCAAGGGUCAUUCUCUAUUUCAUAUACUAAAAUUACAGGUGAUCUGUAAGUCCUUCUCUGACACCAAAUCUAAGAAAACCAUACUGGU